CCUCUGCUCCUCACGCCCGGAGGUUCAGGGCGCCUUGGAUCCCAUUGGUGUUGGCCCACCCGGCCCGCGUGAGCGGGGCCGCAUCAAUUCCCCGCGCUUAGAGGGCCAACUUGGCCGAGCAACUUUGUCCCGGGAGCGGCGCUUGGGGGACGGGGUACUGCGCAUGCGGAGCUCCAAAUUCAAACAGCUGUUUCCAGAGGCUGCAGGGCCGGCUGACCCGGAGCCGCUGGGGCUGGGGGAAAGUUUCGCGUCGAGGCGGCCGCUAGGGAGCCAUGGUGGACCGGGGCCCACUGCUCACUUCGGCCAUCAUCUUCUACCUGGCCAUCGGGGCGGCGAUCUUCGAAGUGCUCGAGGAGCCGCACUGGAAAGAGGCCAAGAAAAACUACACUACACAGAAGCUGCAUCUGCUCAAGGAGUUCCCGUGCCUGGGCCAGGAAGGCUUGGACAAGAUCCUGCAGGUAGUAUCUGAUGCUGCAGAGCAGGGCGUGGCCAUCACAGGGAACCAGACCUUCAACAACUGGAACUGGCCAAAUGCGAUGAUUUUUGCAGCCACGGUCAUCACCACCAUUGGUUAUGGCAAUGUGGCCCCCAAGACCCCCGCCGGGCGCCUCUUCUGUGUCUUCUACGGUCUCUUUGGGGUACCUCUCUGUCUGACCUGGAUCAGUGCCUUGGGAAAGUUCUUCGGAGGACGUGCCAAGAGGCUGGGCCAGUUCCUCACCAGGAGAGGCAUGAGCUUGCGGAAGGCGCAGAUCACGUGCACGGCCAUCUUCAUCGUGUGGGGCGUCCUGGUCCACCUGGUGAUCCCGCCCUUCGUGUUCAUGGUGACCGAGGAGUGGGACUACAUCGGUGGCCUCUACUACUCCUUCAUCACCAUCUCCACCAUCGGCUUUGGUGACUUUGUGGCUGGUGUGAACCCCAGUGCCAACUACCACGCCUUGUACCGGUACUUUGUGGAGCUCUGGAUCUACCUGGGGCUGGCCUGGCUGUCCCUCUUUGUCAACUGGAAGGUGAGCAUGUUUGUGGAGGUCCACAAAGCCAUUAAGAAGAGGCGGAGACGGCGGAAGGAGUCCUUCGAGAGCUCCCCACACUCCCGGAAAGCCCUGGGGAUGGCAGGCGGCGCGGCCUCCAAGGACGUCAACAUCUUCAGCUUCCUGUCCAAAAAGGAAGAGACCUACAACGACCUCAUCAAGCAGAUCGGGAAGAAGGCCAUGAAGACCAGUGGGGGUGGGGAGAGGGUCCCAGGACCUGGGCUGGGGCCUCCGGGGGCUGGGCUGCCCGCGCUCCCCGCCUCCCGGGCGUCCCUGGUGGUCUACACCAAGAACCGCGCCCCCAGCUUGGAAGAGGUGUCACAGACGCUCAGGAGCAAAGGGCACGUGUCGAGGCCCCCUGGAGAGGAGGACCAGCCGCAGGCCCCCGAGGACAGCUCCCCAACCUCCGAGGUGUUCAUCAACCAGCUGGACCGCAUCAGCGAGGAGGACGAGCCCUGGGGGGCCCGGGACUACCACCCGCUCAUCUUCCAGAACGCCAGCAUUGCCUUUGUGAACGAGGAGGCCAGCCUCCUGGACGAGGACACCUCUAAGUCCUCUCUGGAGGACAACCUGGUGGGGGAGGAGCAGCCCCAGGAGGGGGACGCCACCCAGGUGCCCCUGAACAUGGGCAAGUUCCCCUCGUCGGAUGAGUCCACCUUCACCAGCACCGAGUCGGAGCUUUCUGUGCCUUACGAGCAGCUGAUGAACGAGUACAAUAAGGCAAACAGCCCCAAAGGCACCUGAGGCGGGCCGGCUCCUCACCCCACCUUUGAUGGCUCUUCCCUUCACCCCGGGGUGUCCCGCGGUGGCCAAGAGCCCGGGCUCCUGGUCGGGCAGCCCUGCAGCUGGGAGUGGGGAGCCAGGGGCCUUCCUUUUCCUCUGUCCCCUCCAGUUGGUUGCCCCGAUGGAACAUGGCGCAUGCCCAGGACAGGGCCUCUGCUCUCUGCUGAGCAGCACCCUAGUGUAGGG